GGUGGUCAGGCGGCCCCGGGAGCGCGGUUUCCUUGUCCGUCCGGUCUGGGACACAGGCUUGGGUUGGUGGGGGACCGUUUCGACUAACCGUCUGUCCCCUUCCCCUGUUCUCUUUGGGGCUCAGUCGCUGGCGCGGACGUCGAGGCGCAUUUGCGCGCGAGGAGGAGAAAGGGCAUGGUCCGAACCUGAAGGACCUGCGUUCAAACCUAUACGCGAUGAACUGUCGCUCGGAGGUGCUGGAGGUGUCGGUGGAGGGGCGGCAGGUGGAGGAGGCCAUGCUGGCCGUGCUGCACACGGUGCUCCUGCAUCGAAGCACCGGCAAGUUCCACUACAAGAAGGAGGGCACCUACUCCAUCGGCACCGUGGGCACCCAGGAUGUGGACUGUGACUUCAUCGACUUCACCUACGUUCGGGUCUCCUCAGAGGAGCUGGACCGUGCCCUGCGCAAGGUUGUCGGGGAAUUCAAGGACGCGCUGCGCAACUCUGGAGGUGAUGGGCUGGGGCAGAUGUCCCUGGAGUUCUACCAGAAGAAGAAGUCACGCUGGCCUUUCUCGGAUGAGUGCAUCCCCUGGGAAGUGUGGACAGUGAAGGUGCACGUGGUCGCCCUGGCCACAGAGCAGGAACGGCAGAUCUGCCGGGAGAAGGUGGGCGAGAAGCUCUGCGAGAAGGUCAUCAACAUUGUGGAGGUCAUGAACCGGCAUGAGUACCUGCCCAAGAUGCCCACGCAGUCGGAGGUGGACAACGUGUUCGACACGGGCUUGCGGGAUGUGCAGCCCUACCUAUACAAGAUCUCCUUCCAGAUCACCGAUGCCCUGGGUACCUCGGUCACCACCACCAUGCGCAGGCUCAUCAAAGACACCCUUGCCCUCUAGGCCUUACUGGAGCCACGGGCUCUCCUGGAUGGCUUGCAGACCUUGGCUUCCAGGGAUCAUACUGUGGGGCCUUUGGGGCUCUGGAGCCUGCUCAGACUCCUUGGUGAGACUUGGAAUGGCCACCCCUGGCUUCCUUGUUUUGUGGUUGCCAGUCCUUGGUCAUCCCCUUUAACCUUUGCUCAUGGUCAGGUCUGGCCUUGACUGUCUCUCUGCACCCCUGUGGGGGUCCCCCUUCCUCAAAUGUAUGGAUGAGCCAUCGCUGGGAUGGUGAAUAAAAUUGAGAAUGUGUUUGGGUUGA